GGAUGAUUUGUCAUAUUUGGGGUCUGGCUGAGGGCCGCUCAUGCCCUGGCAUAUGCACCCCAUUGGCGUGAACUAGCAGCAUGUACCGUAGAAACGGCCUAUCGGAUGGCACCAGCAUUAGCUCCGCCUCCUCUGAGGGAAGUAACAGCUCGCUGUCCGUGGACGGACUGAGCGCCGACUACGCCAAAACCUACGAUGCCGUCGUGUUUGAUGUGUUGAAAGUGACGCCAGAGGAGUUUGCAAGCCAAAUUACCCUGAUGGACGCCCCUGUGUUUAAGGCCAUACAGCCUGAGGAGCUUGCUAGCUGUGGCUGGAACAAAAAGGAGAAACACAUUUUGGCUCCCAAUGUUGUUGCUUUCACACGAAGGUUCAACCAGGUAAGCUUCUGGUUAGUACGAGAAAUCCUAACUGCUCAAACGCUGAAGAUCCGUGCAGAGAUCCUGAGCCAUUUUGUCAAAAUCGCAAAGAAACUUCUGGAACUAAAUAACAUGCAUUCUCUGGUGUCAGUGGUGUCAGCAUUGCAGAGCGCUCCCAUCUUCAGACUCAGCAAGACCUGGGCGUUAAUCAGCAGGAAGGACAAGGCCACGUUUGAUAAGCUGGACUACCUGACCUCUAAAGAGGAGAACUACGCCAGGAUGAGAGAGUAUAUCAGGUCGCUCAAGAUGGUGCCCUGCAUCCCUUACCUGGGAAUCUACCUGCUGGACAUGAUCUACAUCGACUCGGCCUAUCCUGCCUCUGACAGCAUCAUCGAGACCGAACGGCGAACCAAUCAGAUGAACAAUAUCCUGCGAGUCAUCUCUGACCUGCAGAUGUCCUGUACAUAUGAUCACCUCGUGACCCUCCCUCAUGUGCAGAAGUACUUGAUGUCUGUUCGCUACAUUGAGGAACUUCAAAAGUUUGUGGAGGACGACAAUUUCAAACUGUCUCUGAAGAUUGAACCAGGAAACAGUUCUCCACGCAUGGCCACUUCCAAAGAAGAUCUCGCAGGUCCAUCUGAGGUAUCUCUCUUAACGAGGUAUAAUCGACGGCCCACCUGCCCUGAUGCCACCGUGGGGGUCCAUAUUCCCACCCCUCCCCCGUCUCGCCACAGGAAGAGCCACAGUCUUGGCAAUGCGAUGAUGUGGCAGUUUGGUUUGGUGGAGAGUAAAAGUGCAACGUUACCCAUAGAGAAACCCCGCCACCUGCUGGACGACAGCUUCUUGGAGUCACAGAGUCCAUCCCGGAACAAUCCACACUGCUCGUCUGUGUCCAAUGGCAUAUCUAUAGGAAGCAGUCGGAGUUUGUUCUGUAAUGACCUUUCUCCAGGGGUCGAGAGGGGGCGCAUGUACGCCACUCUGGGCCCUAACUGGAGGGUUCCUCAUCGCAACUCCCCUAGAGGUCGCAGCCAUGCCCACAGUCCAUCAGUAGCAGAACCCAGUCUGAGUCUUGGAGUGGCGGGUGGAUUCACGAUUGAGGGUCCGUUAAAGAGGAAGACCCUGCUGAAGGAGGGCAGGAAACCAAAGCUGGCCUCGUGGACGCGGUUUUGGAUCACACUGUCUGGUUCCACACUCAUAUUCUUUGGAUCUAAAGCGCUACGUGCCACAGACAGAAAACAUUACAAGUCUUCACCGUGUAAGAAAGUGUCAGUUUUGGGCUGGAUGGUGGUACUGCCAGAUGACCCGUCUCAACCCAACAUCUUUCAACUCAACGAUCCUGAUAAAGGUAACGUUUACAAGUUUCAGACCAGCGAUCGCUUCGCUGCAAUCAUUUGGCACAAAAACCUGGAGGAGGCGUGUCGGAGGAGAAGAACUCAGAUACCAGCAAAUCUCAUGUCGUUUGAGUAAAUGGAGUUAGCUCAAGCCUGAAGAUGUUUAAUGUGCCAAAGGUCCACACAGACGAGGUGAACGCUUUGGUUCAAUGGAAGGAUGAAUGAAAUGGUGAAAAACCUUCAACAUUUGAUUGAAGAGUCCACUGAACUUGUCGUCCCCACUGAAGAUGUUUCAGACCUUGACUCAAGAUGGAGAUUUGCACGUUAGUUUGUAGGUCUGGUGAAGGAGAUGGUAAGAAAUGAGGUCUGGGGGGGCCUGGUUACAGGAUUAGCCCCCUCCAAACUCCAUCUUAUAUGGAGACAUUUUGGGUCUCAAGGUGACCGUGUCGCUUCACCUAUGCUAGACGUUGUUACAUUUUGGGGAUUCAAUUAUACACAGAUGCUCAGGAUAGCUGUUGAUCCCAAGUUAAAAGGGAAAAGGCAUAACAGUGCCGCCCACGAUUUGGUCAAUCAGUCCCAAACGAUGAUUGUGAGUCUUGUUGGUCUGUUGCGUAUGUUUACUGUAAAAGGCCAAAGCAACAGGAAUUUAUAAGCACUAAGAGUCGUACACAAACAAAGUUGGAUCACAACAAUUCCUCCGAGGUAACAUUUAAACCUGCUAUUGAUGUCUUUUACUUACAAAUGCAUCAAGGUUGCCAAGAGUAGCAUAAAUCUGUGCAUCUCCAUUUUGAGCACUUCUUUUCAAAGAUGGCCACAUUUAUUUCUGAAAUGUGACGUUGUAAAUAGGGAGUCCGUGUGCGUUGGCAGGGCUGGUUUGAACAAUGUUUGUGAGUGUGACUUGUUUACAUCAGGGAUUCUGAAUUCAAUAUCAGUUUUAGCUCUUUUAUACUUGUGAAUGCUUGCAUUUGGCUUUAAGUAUUAAGUUAUAAAUUUGUACUUAUUUUUUUUGUUUUUGACGAAUAAAUGGUUUGACUGAUUUCAUGUAGGUUUUGCUUACACCACAUCACGACAUUGUCAAGGUUAACCCUCCUAUUGUGUUCAACAUCUGACGUAUCAUACAGCUUUUGCGUUUGCUGGUCAGUUUUGACCUGGUGGUGUUUUAAGAUUAUAAGCUUAUUUAAUCAAAAACCAUAUUGUAGCUCAUUGUCAACUUCUUAGCUGUUCAUACUUUUAAAAAUAUCUAUAUUUUUGGCAUGUUACCUGAAAAAUUAAUGUUGUUAUGUAUGAUAUCAUUUCUUUUUUUUUUUGUAUUAUUAUUAAAAUAAAUGAUUAAAUCUUUAAAAAUUUAAAAUAUACAUUAACUACAGCAAAAUCAGUGUGGUACAUGUUAAGAUAUAUUUUUUAUCAAAGUUUACAUGAAAUUUCAUUUGAAUAUAACAUUGCGUUAAAUUUAUAUAAAUAUUUAAAGUGAGAAUUUUCCUAUUAACUUCCAUAUUAGUUACUCAGAAUUACCCCUGAAAAACAACUCAGAAAUUAAAAUUUACUCAUCCAAAUAAUUUUUUUUUUCAACCAGACAAAAUCAAACAACUAUAAAACACAACUACACAACAUCUGUACUUGUAUACAAUGUUUUUUAAAUGAAAUAUAUCAUGAGCUGCUGGAUGUUAAUGUGUGAUUGUGCUGCAGAGGGCAGCAGAGUCAAGUGUGAACUUUUCUUUCUUCACAUUAUUUAUUGUAACACCUCCCUUAAACAGUUUUUCCUUUAUAUUUGUUGCAUCUGUUUUGUCAGUUCUGUGUUUGAGUGUGUAUCCAUGUAAACUAUGUUUGUAAACAAGAUGUGUGUUUGAGAGUUUGGCAAAGAGGCUAAAUGCAAGUAAAGUAAUUUUAAGAAAAAUCGAAUUCAUAAAUGUGCAAAAAUAUCUGCAUAAUCUCAAGUGUUAAGCCACAAAACAUGUAAAAAUUUGAUAAAUAAGUUAAAUAAGUUCUUCUAAAAAUCUGAGUCACAAAGUUUGGUUCCUGUAUGAAAAAGAUGUGAUAUUUAAAAAUGAUUAUUUUCCUCUACAGGCCAAAAAUGAGCUGAACGCAAUAGGAGGGUUAAGCCAGUUGAAAAUGUGACAAAUGUUGGAAAACUGUUCUGACAAAUAUGUUACUGUCACAGAAAAACUUCUAUCGCACAAAAUUAAUUUAGCAGUUGUCCCAUUUGUUUUUUUGAAAGGGUAUUUUUUAGCUGGAAAAACAAAAUGCAAAAAGGCAACAAAGUUUUUAUAUGAUCUCUCCAUAAACACACUUAUUUUCCAUUGAGCUCAUCUCAUAAACAUGAAAACUGAUUCUUUUGACUUGUUCUUUUGUCAUUUACUGGUUGAAUGUCACGAAACCUGUCAAAAACAUGGUCACAUUUCACCCCAAACUUAAACAAGAAAUUAUAUUUUGCAUAAAGAAAAUGAAGGCCCAAAAUGUUUUUUUCUCCCCAAUUCUCAUUAAUUUAAUGCAGUAAUGCCAAAAAAGAAAAAAAAAUGUUCUUUAAAAAAUCUCAUCACUCAAAUUAUAAUAUAAUAUCUCAUAUUUAUUGAACAUUGCAGUAUUUGGUCAUUUAUGUUAAUGUUGAUAUUUGUUCAGUAAUCAUUGUCAUUGUCAAAAUCAUUGUAUUACAGUAAUGAUAAUCACCAUUUACAAUAAUGAAAGUGUCAGAAGGGUAAUGAAUUUGAUACAUAAUGAGGCAGAUUAAAUCAUUUUUACAAUAGCUGCGUUACAGUAAAGAGAUGCAUUACGGUAAUGAUCAUUUGGGGUAGCAGGGGUGCUUAAUUGUCAUCAAAUAAUGUCACAAUUAUACAAAUUGUAUCAGUCCAUAAAUAGGCCCAUUGUCUCAUGAUUAUUAUUAUUAUUGUUGUUUAUCUUUGAUUUUGGUGUGAAAUGUUAUCUGGACGUGUUUUCGUGAUGCUAUUGUCAUUUACAGUAAAUAUUAAAGGAGCAGCUUGCAUGUUUGCAGCUGGAUACUCAAAUACAUGUAAUGACGUGUGAAUGUGACGCUGAAGAGAACUGAUUUAAAGAGAGUAUUGAGUUUGAAGAGAUAUCUAUUCUUUGAUGUCUGUUAAUGUCGGUUUAGCUAUGAGCCAUCUGACAGCGCCAAAUGAAGUUGUCGUAUAAAGAGGACGUUUUAGAGUUUAAAAAACCUCGUUCAUAUUCAGAGUGAAAGAACAGCAUUGGUCACUAAAGUGUAGUUGUGUGUAAAUGUAUUUCUCAUAUUUUGUUGUGAAUGAAGUUUGUGUUUUAAGGCACGGUUGUGUCUGAAUGAAGUCUAACUCUUGUAGAUGUACCGUGUGUUUCUGCCAAUGAAGGAGAAUUCACCGUCUGUCUGGAGUACUGUACACACUCUCUGAAAUACAACUCAAAGUCAAAUACUUUUAGAAAGUUUCACACUAAACAGUCCAAACCAGCUUUGCUUCAUUGAGUUGCCAUUAAAGGAACAGUUAAUCCAGAAAUGAAAAUUCAGUCAUUAUUUAUUCACCUUCAUUUCGUUCCAAACCUGUAUGCUGAAUUUUGUUUUCCUGGAACAGAAUCUUCUAAAUAAAAAGAACAACAUCAAGGAACAUAAACGAUUACAGAAUUUUCAAUUUUGGGUGAGCUAUCCCUUUAAAAGUGUAUUUCCAUACCCUCCUCCCAACACUCUAAUGGUAAUAUCACUGCUGGCUCGCAGCAUACUGAGUUUUAAUAGUGAUUUGAUAUUUGUUGCGAGUAUUAUUCCCGUUGCAUCAGUUGCAUCUUUCAUAUGUGUUAGAAUUAAACCAGUGUGUCAACCACUUUAAAUAGGCACUUGUUUUUGAAGAAAGUUGUAUUUGUAUUGUCCAACAUAUGAUGAUGUCACAAUCAUACAUAAACAUGUUUUUGCAUUGAAACGCAAAGACGUGCAUGUACAGGAGCACUGCAUGUAAAUGAUGUUUUUUGUUUUUUUUCUGCUGUAACUGAAUUGAAAUCUCUUGUUUUAUUGCCAUGUAAAUAUGUUGCUAAAUUAUUUCCUAUUUGUGAUACAUUGCGGCAUAUCAGCUAAACUGCUCCGUCUCCUGUACAUCCAUUAAAUGCCAGUGGAAAUAGGUUUGUUUUGUUGAAGACUUCUUAUUUGAAUUAGUUCUCUGUUUAGUCCUGCAAGAGACGGGUCAAUGUUAGGAAAUUGUUAUGCAUUAUUGAUGUUUAUUAUCAAUGUAUUAUCAGUUUGAUUUUCUAAUUUAACAUGAGCUCAGGUUAAAACGUAUUUGUUUGUAGUUUAAGAGGAUGCAAAUAUCAAACAUAUGAAUUCUUCAUUGUUGAAUAGCACACUAUAGUACCAACCUGACUGCUAAACAAAUUAACUCAUUACAUUUGUUCAUAUCUAAAGGAGUCCAUAAAAUUGCAUUUCUAAAUAAAU